AUGCGUUUUAGUUUAGUACUCUUGUUAUGUCUUGUUAUUGUUGUAGUCAAUUCGGCUACAACAAAAACAACACGUCGUCGUGUUGUAGUCACGACUGGACGAGGUACAACUAAAGCGCCAGUACCUAAAUCAGCUUAUGCUUAUUUACGUUCAGUUCGCGGUAAAAAUUCUUGUUCAGGUGGUUCAUGUCCCUUCUGGGAACGACAUGGACGUUCGUUUGCAGCUCUUCGAUGUUAUUCACAACAAUAUCAAGAAUGUACAUGUCUUCAUCGCAUGUGUUUUAGUUCAUGUAUGUUUUCACGUGAAGUUUGUAAUCAAGAAAUGGUUUCAUGUUUACGACAAAUUUGUCCAAGAUGUAUGCCAGCAUCUGCAACAGCUAUGUGUGCUGUUUAUGAUUCAAUGGCUGGACAAGUAGCUGAAGCACUUUCAGUGUUUGCUUGUUAUCCAUGUUGUCCUACUUUUAAUAAUGUACCUACUAAUAAUAAUGCAGCUACCAAUAAUUCAAUUAAUGCACAAUCAACAACAACUCCUGCAUUUCCUGAAAGCUCAACAACAAUUCCAUUCGGUAUGAACAACGGUAUAGUCGAUCCAAUUAAUGGCCAAAAUCCUGAAGAAGUACCUGAAUUUAAUCCUAUUGAUAACGUUCAACCCGGUACAGAAAAUUUUCCAGGAACAAAUGUUAAUAGCGGUUCUAAUCCAACAAAUAAUGUAAAUGGUGGAGUCUUUAAUAAUGGAAAUGGGGCUUCUAAUACAAAUAGUAACGGUAAUUUAAACAGCAAUGUCAAUCCAAAUGGAAUUCCUAAUGGAAACUUUAACACAAACCCAAAUGGAAACUUUAACGCAAAUCCCAACGGAAACCCUAAUGGAAAUUUUAUCACAAACCCAAAUGGAAAUUUUAACGCAAAUCCAAAUGGAAACCCUAGCGGAAACUUUAACACCAAUCCAAACGGAAAUUUUAAUGCAAAUCCAAAUGGAAAUCCUAAUGCAAACUUUAACACAAAUCCCAAUGCAAAUCCAAACGGAAAUCCAAAUGGAAAUCCUAACGGAAGCCCAAAUGGAAAUCCUAAUGGAAGCCCAAAUGGAAGUCCUAACGGAAGUCCAAAUGGAAGUCCUAACGGAAGUCCUAAUGCAAGCCCUAACGCAAAUCCAAAUGGAAAUGGUGCUACAAAUGGUAACGGUGUCAGCAAUAGCAAUAGUAACGGUAAUAUUGCUAGUAACUAUCCUGGUAUAGUUUUUCCUGGAAGUGAUGCAAUGUUCUACAACAACAACUUUCCUAAUCGAAAUCAACAAGUUAUAAAACAACGAGGACGACAAACUGUACGAACAACAAAACGUCGUUCAGCAACAACUCGUCGAAUGACUCAAGCAAGCGCUACUGUUCGUGGUAAUAAUAUUAAAAAUGGUGUUCGUAAACCGGUGCAAGCUGAAAAGAAACCACAAACAAAUAAUCGUACCAAAAGUUAA